AUGAAAUUCUCGUCACCAUACAAGGUUGACAUUCCAAACGAAGAUGUCCUAACCCAUGUAUUGUUGAAUACCAAGUUCAAGGACAAUGACACAGUGUGGAUUGAUGGAGAAGAUCCCGAAUUAUGCAUUACUCUUUCUCAAGCCAGGAGCCUUAUCGGUCUAAUCGGCCAAAGUUUGCGAAACUUGGGAGUUGGUGCUAGUGAUCCAGCUAGUGAUGUUGUACUAUCAUUUGUCGAAAAUCAAAUCCUCAUUGGGCCAAUCCUGUUCGGUAUCCUUGCUGCAGAAGGAAUCUACUCGACAUGUUCACGUCUCGCAACACCAUUCGAACUUGCACGCCAGAUAUCAUUAUCGACUCCUAAAGUAUUGAUUUGCUCCGCUCAGACUAAAGACAUUGCACAGACAGUAUUAAGGAACCAUGGAAGUAACGCAUCUCCUAUACUGCUUGAGAUGGACUCGAAGCAACUCGACCUAAGGUUGGUAUCGAAUGGAAACUCAAUUUUGAGCGUUGGGCAGUUUCCUCUGCAGUGCGUCACAGAUCCAAAUGUCUUACGGAACAGGACAGCGUGUUUGAUCUACUCAAGUGGCACUACUGGCACACCUAAAGGUGUGGAGUUGUCGCACGCGAAUAUAGUCGCAAACCUUCGCCAAAUGGGCUAUCACUUUGGCCCUCGUACUGACAAGAUCCGUCGAGAGGGAAAUACCCCGAGAAUGCCAGCCUUGCUACAGAACUCCGUUGCUGUGGGAGUCCUCGUCCAUAACAUGUUGGCAUUGCUGCACGGGAUGCAAGUCGUGAUGAUGGCGAAAUAUGAUUUUGAGACCCUUACCAGAUAUAACGCCAAGUACAAUUUGUCUGUCUUUUUUCUAGCGCCAUCGAUUUGGAACCGAAUCAUCAAUGAGUGGGACGUGGAGGAUUGCAAAAGCAUUCGAUGGGCAAUGAGUGGAGGCUCGCCGUUGCCGCUAGUGCUCCAGAAUCGAGUAAAUGAUGCACUGACACCCGGAACCUAUCUACUACCAAAUUGGGGAAUGACAGAGUUGGUCUGCGGAGCUACUCAGUUGGAUCCGGAUACGAGUGACAAUGAAGGUAGUGUUGGAUUUCUCCUUCCUCAUAUGGAAGCAAUGAUUGUGAGCGAAAGUGGUGCGGCAUUACCCAGUGGUCAGUCUGGGGAGCUUGUCGUCAAAGGUCCAAAUGUUAUGCGAGGUUACUAUCGGAACCCCUCCGCAACGCUCGAAGCUUUUAGUUCAUCUGGGUGGUUUCGAACUGGAGACAAGGCAACGAUAAAAUCGAGCGGGAAAGUCUUCAUUGAAGGAAGGUAUAAGGAGCUCAUGAAAUAUAAGGGAAAUCAGGUUUCGCCCGUGGAACUGGAAGCGAUCAUUAGCCAGCAUCCAGCCGUCAUUGACGUUGGGGUGACAGGGGUACAAUUGGCCGAUGGGAACGAGCUUCCCAGAGCAUAUGUUGUUCCAGGCAGAGACUCAAAUAAUUGCACAGAACAAGAAAUUAUUGAAUGGGUUAAAGGCCUGUUGAGCAAUUUCAAACAAUUGAGGGGUGGAGUUGCCUUCGUCCCUGAAAUACCAAGAAACCUCAAUGGGAAGAUCAUGCGAGAUAUUCUCCGUCGGUGGACACAGGAGAACCCUAUAUUGGGAGAGAAACGACUGUCAAAGCUCUGA